GGUCUAGCGCUGUGACAUCGCUACGCUAAUCGCUGUUUAUUGAGUAGGGUGUUGCCGUUGGAGCGGUAUGUGUAGUAUUUGCAAGGCUAUAUACAGUGGAUCAUAUUAGUUCAUAUUCAGGGUAUGCCGCAACACUUGAGACGCAACCAUGAGGCAAUGACAAGGUGAAGGUCAUACGGAGGUGUGACAGACUUUCUGUGGCUCGAUGGUUGGAGAUGUCCAGCACCCCGGCUGAUAAAGUGCAGACUUCCCGAGCAGCAGCAGCAGCAGCAGCAGCCGUAUCCCCUAGUAACACACCCUCCCCUCGGCCCCCGUCCCGGUCAGAUGGGCGGAGGUUACCCAGCAUUCCUUCUCCCGACACCCAGGAACUGAUGUUAAGACAUACAAGCCAGCACACAAUGCCAGUGUCUAAAGGAACCAAUGGCUAUGGGCCUUUCUUCCAGGAGUAUAAUCUCAUGGCUGAGUACAACCAGCUAUGUUCUUUGAAAGCUCCAGGGAUAUAUGUUAUGCCGUCGGCCACAUCACCUCGCAUCUGGAACGGUGUGCUGUUUAUCCGGCAGGGCUUGUAUCAGGAGGGUGUGUUCAGGUUCACACUCACCAUCCCUGACAACUUCCCCGACACGGACUGUGACUGUCCUAGCGUGGUGUUUGAGUAUCCUGUGUUUCAUCCUUUGGUUCAUCCCGUGUCUGGCCUGCUGGACGUCAAGAAGGGCUUCCCCAAGUGGAGGCGCAAUGUGAACCACAUCUGGCAGGUUUUGCUGUAUGCAAGAAGGAUAUUCUACAAGAUCGAGACAAAGGCUCCCUUGAAUCAAGAAGCAGCUGAUUUGUACCACCAGGACCCUGAAGGCUACAAGAAGCAGGUCGCGGAGUCUGUCAAGGCAUCCAAGGAGCGGAUCUAUGAACCUCCAGCGUCCGAUGACCCCUAUGCAAUACGCUUCAGUGAGUGGCAGCCUCUGGUCCACGAGGAGGCCCUGCAGGAUAUGCUGGAGUCUAAGGUAUAUGUAGUUCCAGACAAGCCAAGGUGAAGGUCGUAGCGCCAGUCCGCCAUCUUUAGGCUUGUCCUGGGUUUCCCUAGAAACAACACAAAUCUUGUCCCGUGAAGACCCGGCCACAGCAUAGCAGGCAGCAUUUUGAUUGGUGGAGAGGAGUUUGUAUCAUGAGCGGAGAGAAUGCCUGUGAUUAGCUCUAAAACUCCCAAAUGAUGAAUCGCAUGGUCUUAUUAAAAAAAGGUGAUUUUAUUCAAUGAGGAUUCGGGAUGUCAGACACUGGAUUUGUGGAUCAUAGCUUGAAGAAAUGCCUAUGUGUCAGUCUGAUGCAUGUAACAUUGCCAUGGCGAUGGUGAGCAUCAGUGACCAUCAUGGUUCUUGACAAUAAGUUUAAACAUUUCAACACCAGCAAUGAGGAAGCAAGACAAUUUCGACUUCGUAGAAGAUGCACUAUUCAGAUUGUGGUCACUGCCAUUUUGGGGUUUUUCAAACAUUUUGAAAAGCACAUUUGAAUGAUGAUAUAUUCCUUCGUGUAUGAUUCCUCUCACUUGAAAGAGAAGUUGAAACGUUAACCAAGAUGCCAUACCCAACUCAAGAGGACCAACUCGUCCAAUGAACUCUUGACUUCAGUGUCGAGAACUUAAUAUCAUUACAGAAAGUCAUGGAAAACAAUAUUUGGAUUCAUAUUGAGAAUCUUUUAUUCAAUCGCAUUUUGUACAAAAACACUUCUGCAAUAUUUAUGUGCUAUGUUCUAAACUACAAACUUUAAAUGUCAACAAUAUAUAGGCUUGGUUCUCAUAUGGCAACAUUUCUUGUUUACAACAGACAAUAUUCUGAAACCAUGAUAUAUUUAAUCUUUUCAACAAAACAAGUAGGCCAUCCUCCCAUACACUUUUAUUCAAAUAUGAAAACCCAACUGUUUUUAUUUGAUCAUCCUUACUAGCAAUAUACAUCAUUUUUAGUUGCAUGUUGUUUGUUGGGGCUUUGCGUGAAUAUGGUCAGUUAUUGGACUGACGAACCUGUACCUGAUGACAGCCCUCGCUUGGGCUUGUUGGCCUUUUAGUUUCCUGUGUGUGAUGACAAACUUUGAGUUGCAUUUUCAUGACUGUUUUAGAGUUGAGCUUGACUUGUUUGCACCCACUUUGUAACAGGACCAACACUAGUGAAUUGGCAGAUGUGUUCAACUAACCACUCGUGGGCUCCGUCUGACACGAGUUACGUGUAGUGGUGUAUGGGAGUUUAAGAGUUGAAUCGACUUGCACACCACAAGACCGAGGGUGGAGAGGGCUACACGGAACUUGAACCUCUUAGAUCCAGUACAACCAACUAUUGACUAAAAUGAGAUAUUUAUCAUUACAAUUUUAUGAGAUCCAAAAUUCUUGGUGAAGUGUUCUUGUGGAAUAAGUAGAUGAAAACCAAGAGUUAAAGUGACGUCACCAUCAAACUAUAGCAGGCUUGGUUUUGUAAGAGAGGGACAAGCUGAUCAGCUAGAUGUAUGACCAUUAAUGAUAAACAUUGACACUGUGAAACAGGACUCUUGUUCAAAUAUCAAAUCUUUUCAGUACAUUUAAUCAGUAGAUUUAAUUGAUAAUGGAUCACAUUGAUCCUACUUGGAAUCCCCAUGGAUAAAGUUAAAGAGUAGGCCCUUUACUUCAUCACUUUUCUCCUGUGUCAUUUGAUCACCUUCAAGAUCUGUCUUCAAGGUCAUGAAGGGGUCAGUGCAGAAGAGGUGAAGUAGACGAAAAUAGGAAUGAAAUUUUAACAUCUGUACAAGUCACUGCCACUGGACAAUGUAACAAGUUAUUUUGAUCCUAAAUAGUAGUUUUCCAUUGUAUUUUACAGCAUCUUUUAUUCAGUGAUCAUAUAUGUACCCCUGGAUUUAUGGUUAAUUUGGUGAAGUUUCCUACCCUAAAAAUAUUACAAGUAGAAAACUGGAAAGAGUAAAGCCCACAAGUCUUGUCCCAAUAAGAUUCCUGUGUCUUGGAUGCUGAAGACAAAGAGUAUGCAGCAGUUCAUGAUCAGAACAAGUGGAUUUCUGUGAUGGGCCCAGGUUGGAGGGUAUUGUUUCCUUGCUGAAUUAACAUGUGUGAUUGUGAAUGAAUGUUGGGUGUAGAGGCUGUAUAGAUAGAGCUUACACGGUGUGGUGGGGUGGAGUGGGAGUGUCCAGCCAGUUGCUGACAGGCAUGUGCAGAUGAAGUCUCAACAGACUGAACACUAGUACUUGGUGGCAUGGGUGGCCCAGUUGUCUAAGGCACCAUGGUUUGCUGUGCAGACUUGCGUCCCUUAGGACAUGCCAGAAACUUAAGAUCACAUGUUCGAAUCCCAGAUUCACUUAAGUUUCAAGGUUUUUCUGAAUCAAAUCCGUGCUCGUGGGAUUCACCAAAGUGGUAAACAUCAAAGAUCUAUAUCACUUUGGGCUUUCCUCCCACAUCAAGCUGAGGUGCUAUUGUGCAUGAAAUACUGUUAAAGUAAUGAUAGUAUUGUAUAAAGAUGAAGCUUCAUGUUUUAACUACUUUGGAAGCUUUACGAUACUAUGGAUGCGAAACGAGAAAUGGCACUAAACAUGACAAUGUUGCCCCAUCCCCAAACAUCUAGUCCUGUGGUUGGAGUGAUCCGCUGUACAUCGAGAUUAUUGUUGCGUCUAGAGGGAAUAUCUAUGCAUAGGAAUAUUGUAGGUGCCUUUAUUCAAGUCGUGUUAAUUGUGUGGAUGCAAUGUCCAGUUGUAGGGCAUCUCAGGGCUCCAGUCACUUAUCCUUUCCCGGAAUCGUCAUGGAGACAAAUAAGACCAGUACAGGAAUCCUUCACUGUAGGAAAUGUUUCACAGACAGGGAUGACAAGUUGGUCUUACACACUGAUAGGGCCCAGUUGUCCCUGGCACUGCAAUGUGUUGUACAGAGUUGCAUCCCUUAGAAACCUGUGAUUGUGAGUUCGAAUCCCAGAUUAUCCCUGAUAAUGUUUCAAGGUUUGACUCGACAUACCCAUGUUCAUGGUAAAGUGUGAAACUUCUAAGACCUGCAUCACUUCAAUCUUUCCUCCCAAAUCAAGGUACAUGCCUUGAUAUGACUGAAAUACUGUUGAAAGGAGUGCUAAGCCAAACCGAACUCACUCACUCACUGAUGGGAUGCUAGCCCCCUGUAUAGGGCUGUGAGUGUUUCACUAUGUCCAGAGUAAUGCUUCCUCGAAUGAUUGGAAUCAAAUACUCUCAAAUGAGGUAUUCUUGGAUCCUAAAAUUAAUCUUUGGUCAUGUAGUUUCUAACAAUUAUGGGAAAGAUAAUUGAAUGCUGGGUGCCCUGAUCCUGAUCCUGUAAAUAGCUCAUGCAGUUGUUGGCACAAUAGCAAUAUGCCCAGUGUUGUAAUGUGCUGUGUGUACGAGAAUGAGUGGUGAUGGCUUCAAGAUAUGCACAGCAAGGGUCAGUUUGUACUGAAAUGCAAUGUUAUUUGGUUUAGGGGAAGUAAUAUUUAUUGAGUAUCAAAUAUGAAAAGGAUUCUUUGGACUUUUGUGUAGUUUCAUGACUGAGCUCAGAUAUGAGGCUAAUUGUAUGCAGCUUGUAAUGUAUGGAGAGCUUUCUCUAGCAAUAGAUUGAGUGUUAAAUAAUUAGAAUGGCAUUGUCAGUAAAAAUCAACACAGACUGCUUAUUUUAAUAUUCAUGUACCUAAAUGCAAUUAAUGCACAACUUCUCAUUGAAGGUACAUACACCAGAUAAACUUUUUAUGUCAUUUCAUAAAAAAGUAUGUUUUUUUCAAUGAAUGCUUAUAAAAACGAAUGGUUCUGCUCCUUUAAAACUUUCAAGCCUGUCUUGUACAAAGAGAAAUAUUUGGUGAAGGAUGUGUAAUUUUUACUGUUUAAUUUAUACAUUUGUUUGAUGGAAAAGCAUGUUAUUUUCAUAUUUGACACGUUUCAUAUUCCAUCGUCUAUCACCAUUAACAUGUGAACCAUUGUGAAUAAAGAUACCUUACAUGAGGA